ACAAUUUAACUGACAUGGUAAAAUUAGCUCUGGUACAAAAAAAGGUAGUGAAAUGGGUUAAAUGUUUCUAUCACAUCUCUAUUUUCCUUCAAGCAAUACAUAUUCUGCAUAGGGACCUUUAACCUGCUCAGUCCCCCUCAGGACAUAUAACAUUUUUAAAACCUGAGCCAAGAAGCCCAUUAGGACAUACUUGUACCUGACUUUGUUUCACAUGCAGAGUCCCUGGCUUCCUGCCAAGCGAUCAGGAGUAACGAUUCAGAGGUGGUCAUAGAAAAAUGCAGAUCACGCGAUCGAGCAUUCAGUGCUGCUGACACCAUUGCUGCCCCUGCUGGAUGAUUGCACAUAUUGCAAUCAGCAGUGCCGGGCUAUGGAACCCUGCUUGCUGAUCAGCACAGUCAGGUCAUAAGGCACAAGAUGGCAAACCAGCAGGUUCUUCCUCAGGAUCUGUACAUGAGCAAUAUGCUAAAAGCAGUUAAAAUCAGGGAUAAAACUCCACAGGAUAUCAUCAGACCCAGCAAUGGAAUUAUUCAUCAUUUUAAAACCAUGCACAGACAUACAAUUGAAAUGUUUAUGGUUUGCCAAUUUUGUUCACAAUUUCGGGAACUACUACAAAACUGUCUUAUUGAUAGAGCCAUGCAGCUUGCUUUGGAAUCUCAAAAGCAGCUUAAUGCUUGCAGAGAAGUUAAAAGAUUAGUUCCUCUAAAGACGAAUGGAGAUGGAAACUGCUUAAUGCAUGCUACAUCCCUAUAUAUGUGGGGUGUUCAGGACACAGACCUUGUGCUGAGGAAGACCGUGUAUAACGUUCUGAGGACAACAGAUACUCGCAACUUCAAGUUUCGUUGGCAGCUAGAAUGUGUAAAAUCAAUAGAGUUUGUACAAACAGGGCUUCGCUAUGAUACCAGGAAUUGGGAUGAAGAAUGGGAACAUAUUGUUAGAAUGGCAUCUGCAGAAACCUUAGAGGGACAAAAUGGUCUCCAGUAUAACUGCCUGGAGGAAAUACACAUAUUCGUUCUGGUUAACAUCCUUCGGAGGCCAAUUGUUGUUCUUGCAGAUACUGUUGUGAGGAGCUUGGAGUCUGGCUCCAGUUUUUCUCCUUUAAGUGUGAGUGGAAUUUACCUACCUCUUCAUUGGCCUGCACAAGAAUGCUAUAAGUACCCAAUAGUUCUUGGCUAUGACUGUCAGCACUUUGCACCUCUUGUGACUAUGAAAGACAGUGGUCCAGAGAUCAGAGCUGUCCCAUUGGUUGUUGGUGAACGAGGAACAUUUGAAGAUAUGAAAAUUCAUUUUUUAACGGAACAUGAAGAGAAAACGAAAGAGAAACUACUAAAAGAAUAUUUAUUUGUAUUGGAAAUUCCAGUGCUAUGCUGGGAACUUGGAACAACUCAUAUAAUUAAUUCUGCCAGGUUGGAUGAAGGCAACCUACCAAAUGAAAUAAAUUUAGUGGAGGACUACUUGCAACUGGUUCAGCAUGAGUACAGGAGGUGGCAGGAGGCUACAGAACAGUCCGGAAAGGGAAAUUGUGUCAGAAGCAAAUUUGAGAUUUCCUUGAACCACUUGUCUCUUGUAGAGGUGAAAUGUGAAACCCCACAUUGCCCUUUCUACAUGUCAGUAUCCACUAAACCUUUUUGCCAUGAGUGUUUUGAAAAGAACAAGCAGAAGGACAAGCAGAAGAUUGAAUCUGUUGCACGCCGAACAGAAUAUUUAAACAGUUCUGGACACAAAUCUAGGGAUUUGGAGCCUAUUUCUGCUCUCGCAACAGCACCUAGCCUUUUCCUCUUCAGUGAUACAAAUGCGAUGAAAUGUAAAACACGGGAUUGCCCUUUUACAUUAAAUGUGGAGUUCAGUGGUCUUUGUGAGCGAUGUCAUAAUGCCAAACAAAAUGCAUCAGCUAAAAAGAUGGACAGGACAAAAAACAUUGACAUUAUACAAUGUAAUGUGUGUUUGCAGGAUACCACUAGAACAUUUAAUGGCAUGUGCAGCUUUUGCUUCAAAAGGACUACAGAACAUUUAACCAGCUCAAGCUUUCCUUCCAUGGUCCAUCAGAGGGAUAUCUCCGAACCUCCUAGUUUAUCAAGACGUCUAGUACGUUUAACUGGGCAUGAAGCAGCCAGUAGUGAGUCCCGGGGGUCACUUGUAAUUUUACAGUCAUCGGAGCCUUAUAACACAGAGGACAGAACAGUUUGCCAAAAGUGUAGAAAAUCGGGCUGUCCAUUUUUUGGGACACAACAGAAUGAAGGUUUUUGCACACUAUGCUACCUUGAAUUUCAGGAAAACAGUGGGCUUCCAGCAGUAAGAUCUCAGAAACUUCCAGGAGUACUUGGACAAACCAACAUUGGUGCCUCUACUUUCAAAAAUAUGUCUCGUUGCUUAGGAAGGGAGUGCAGUACCCUAGGAAGCACAUUGCUUGAAGGCUAUUGUCAGAAAUGCUUCAUCGAAGCACAAAAUCAAUGCUAUACAGAGGCAAGAAAUUCAGACGAGCAACUACAGACACAGCGAACAGCACAAAAUAGGGCUUCAAAGCAUUCUAACUUUCAGCUAAAGAUAUGUGCCAGAAGUCUCUGCAAUAACACUGUGGUAUGCAAAAAUGAGGAUCUCUGUGAACAGUGCAGGAACAGAGCUGCUCACCACAAGCCCACUGGUGACGAUCUUCCUAAACAGCGUUGUAGGGCAACUGGUUGUGAUCACUACGGUAACAAUAAGUGUAGUGGAUUUUGUAACGAAUGUUACCGUUUCAAACAGUUGUAUGGAUAGAGCGAAUGAAAAAAAACUAUAUUCAUGGUGCUACCUUUAAUUUGUAAAUUAUAUUGUACCUUUGUACAUUACUGUGUUGCAAACUGCCUUAUAUAAAUUAUUUAUAUUUAUGUUAUCUCGAUAUGUAUAUAAAAUUAUAACAUUGCCAUGGUCUCUUGCUAAUUUGCACCACUUUUAUUUAACAAUCUGUAAAUAUUUCCCUAUAUGUUAUUAAUUUAUCUAUUGUCCCUUUUGAAUGUGGACAUUUAUGACUAAUGGUUAUAAAUCGUUAUGAGAAACUGUUUGUUCUGUGUGCAUAUCAUAAAAAUUGUAGCCCAAUCUACUUGUCCCUCAUGACAAUCUCUUUGUCCUGAUAAUAAAUAAUUUUAUAAAAAUAAUUUUAAUCAAAACUGUAUUUAACUUCGGUCUAUGUAUUAAAUAAAUAAAUUAAAUAAAGCAUAUGUAUUAACAACUAAAUAA